GGGGACCCCGAGAGUUAGGCUUCCCUCUCCAACUUCUGUAAACAUUCUCCCACUAAUGACACUCAGUAACCUGGAGCGAAACACGCUAAAGCGGAGACUCCGAGUAUUAGAAUAUAUAAACACCACUCACCUCCUGAGUGCGCGCCCCGGGCGGCCUGCUCUGCCCUGCCCGGGCUCAGACGGACACUAGGUAACUCCGCUGGACGCGUUAUCUCUCCAACCAACUCUCCUGCCAAGUUUACUCCCUCCACCCACCAACCCCGCAUCACUGGGCAGGGGAGGCGGCUGCAAUAAACAAACGUGGAAUGGCCCCGCGCGGCCGCCGUACGGAGCGCUGCGAUCGCGAGCUUGUCUUGCUGUGAAGAUUGGCCCUGCGCGGCCGCCGUACGGUGAGAUGAGCACUCACUAGUUGUUUUGCUGAGAAAUGUUCCUGCUCGGUUUCCGUACACAUGUGAUAUGAGAGUAUUAGGGACUAAGUGUAAUCUGCCUGCACAGUUUUAUCUACAGUAGAACAGGCAUCGUAAUACGAGCUCCUCCCCGUCUCUAUCACUCAGCUACACAGUGCACGGUGCGGCCACAGGGGAUUAUGCAGCCAGGGUGGCGGACUCGGUGAUUGCUGGUCAGUUCUGUUUAUCAUAUUACACAAUACAGCUAUUUACAACAAGCAGAAGGCAGGGGGACCAUAGACAACCAAUAGGAUUGGUGAUCAUAUGGUGCGUACAUGGAUAGUUAGGGCUGGCUAAAACCUGUGAUCACUGAGCAGAGUAACAAACCAGGAAACAUAGUGUCUAGCAAGGGAUGAGGAAAUGUGUGGGGUUUACAUUGGCCAUGGAGGGAGCUUGGAAGAGAUGGACCCAGUAUAGACUAACUAGAUGCCUCUAGUUUUGGAAUAUAUUAAUCAUUUUGUUUUCUUUCUUGCAGAACCAAUACACAACACCAGUAAGCCGACAUGUAAGUAUAUUUGUCUGUUAAUGCUAGUGGCUCAAACACAAUACUUUUGCUAAGCCUUAUGAGGGUAAGACAGUUCGUCUGAGCAGGGUCCUUAUCUACCAGUUGUUCCUGUAACUUUUUUAUAAUGGUCUCAUUUAUUAAAUUCCCUCCACCCCCUCCGUAAUAUUGUAAAGUGCUGCGAAAUACGUUGAUGCUAUAUAAAUACCAAUAAUACUAAGUUGGGUGGAGAGAAGAACUUUAGAGUAACCGUACUGUUUGAGAACAUUUUAAGUUAGUGUCCUCAAAAAGGCAUGGUAUUCACAUUCAGUUUUCAAGCUUGAGGGUUUUGUUUGUUUGUUUUUUGUUUUGUAUUUUUUAAAUUAUUGACAAUUUGCUAAUUUUUGUCUUUACAGGGCUGAUUACUGGAAAUCACAGCCAAAGAAGUUUUGUACUUACUGCAAGUGUUGGAUUGCAGACAACAAGCCUGUAAGAUAAUCCUAAGUGAGACAUACUUCAUCAUAGUUGAUGCUUAGAAUAAUGCAGGCUCCAUGCAUCAUCAUUUAAUAGGAAUAAUAAAUGAAUCAAAUAAUAAUAGCAUGUCAUGUUUUUUUCACAAUUUGUUUCUUGCAACAAAGUAAUAGAAUGUAAGUUGUUUCUUUUUCCUAUAAACUGCUUGUUCUUGAUUAUGCAUUAUUUUACAUAAUUAUAUAGGCUGAAAAUAAAGACUUGUGUCCAUCAAAUUCAGCCUCUCAUCUAUUUUUGCUGUUGAUACAAAAGAAGGCAAAAGGAUAAGUUUAAAGCACUUUGUUAGAACGCACAACGAAAAAAAGUCCUUCUCAAACAUAGAAUGAUGAGUAAGCUGUUAGCCCACAUAUUGAAACUUAUAUACCUGAAUAUUAUGUUUUUGCAAUAAUUGAUCCAGUUGCUGUUUAAACAUCUGUACAGGCUCUGAUAAAAUUACCUAUUCAGAUCCACAUACUUGUUACCCUUACUGUAAAGAAACCUUUUCCUUUUGGCAAUGGUUUGUAUUGGUUUAGAAUAUAUUUGUAUAAUGCUAUCCUAUCCCUUCUGGGGCUCCAUUUUUCUAAACUAGAUUUACAUUUGUUAGCCUUUCUUCAUGACUUAAAUCUUUCAUAUCACGGUUUAAUUUAGUAGCCCGUCUCAGCACUUUUUUUUGUGCAAUAAUAUCCUUCUUUAGAACAGGUAACCAAUAUUACAUGGCAUAUUCUAGGUGUGGUAUUACCAUCGAUUUAAAAAGAGGCAAAUUUAUAUUUUCAUCCUAAGAAUUAAUGCCCCUUCUUAUGCAUGACAAUACUUUACUGGCCUUAGCAACUGCUGAUUGACAUUGCACAUUCUUGCUUAUUUUCCUGUCUAGAACCAUUCUCAAACCCUUCUCAUGUGUUAUCACUAAUUCAUUUUACUGUUUUUAUUGUAGAGUGUUGAGUUUCAUGAAAGGGGUAAAAAUCACAAAGAAAAUGUCACGAAAAAAAUCAGCGAGGUACAGUAUUGUAAUAUACAUUAGUUGCUAGAAGACCUUGUACUUUUUUCUUAUACACACUGUUCCAUUGUUGAAAUGACAUUGUAGCGACCAACAGACAGAUACUUAAGCUGAUAUUUAUAUUUAAAUGGACACUCUGAAACUCUAAAGCACUUUAACUUGCUGAAAUGCUUUAUCCGUGAAGUGUGUGUCUUAUUUUCAUUCUACAAAAAACACAGAUUUCAAAAGAGUGGCAUUUUGACAAAUUAAUAUUGUUGCACUCCCAUGGCUUUGAAGCAGACAACCGGUCCUGUUGCUUCCUGGUUUGUUUAGCUCAAUUGCCCAGAGUACCUGCCUUGCAGAGACUUCUCAAUGAGCUGCAUUGGGAAGUCUUUGAUUGGGCAGCCACAGAAAGUCUGGGCUGGGGAAGAUAGGGGAGGGUUUGAAUAGGCAGCAAUCAAGAGAUCUGCCACUUUGCAACCUGUUUUUAGCUAUACCCCAAUAAGAAAAUGCAUAAUUAUAUGCAUGCAUGUUUUCGUUGGAGGUAUAUUUACUAAACAGUAAUUUGUUUUUGGAGAAUGGGGUAUUUGGGCAGUGGAGUGUCCCUUCAAGGGUUUUAUUAUGAGCUCUAGAGCAUGCUCAUGUUAUGGUUUUGCUUACAUAUUUUUGUUUUGUUUUUUAAAACUGUGUACUAUUCUUUAAAAAUCUAAUCUUAAAAUCCUUACUAGAAUUUCUUGUUUUUUUUUUUCUUUAAUAUUGUGGCCAGACUUUUGUAUAGUUUUGAAAUGUAUGAAUUUGAUGAUUUAUAACUUGAUUGCAGAUUAAGCAAAGAAGUAUGGACAAGGCAAAACAAGAUGCUAAAAUGUCGAAAGAAUUUGCAGCAAUGGAAGAAGCUGCUCUAAAGGCCUAUGAGGAAGACCUUAAAAGGCUGGAAGGUACUGCACCAGGUAAGAUGGUAGUGACCGCUAACCUUUUUGUUCUUCAACUGUACUGACCAUAUUACCCAUUGUGCGCAAACACACAUUUUAUUCACAGCAAGUAGGGUUCUAAAGAUUUUUAUCCAUUUCCUAGUAAUCACAGAAAUGAUUUUAUGCUACAUUUCUGUCCUUAGUUCAUAGUAAAAUCUUCACCAGGUAAAGAUGACGUUUACAUCUUAAAACAAGUGUUUGCACAAAACGUUUUAGUCUUUUUCCUAAUUAUUCUUCCUUAAAACGCCAGUGAAUGUACCUAAAUAUUUGAUGUUGUAUGUGUAAUUUGUGUAUGUGUAUUUUUAUCCCUAGUAUGCAUUACUUUGCAUCAUAUUUAUGCUAUCUGGUGCUCUUCUCAUACUGCAAAAUAAGAAAAUAACUAUUUCUGACUCUGCACUUAUCUUCUAAAGCUAAGAUGGUAUUUUAUAUUUCCUAAUUAUUUUCCUUAGGAAAUUUUGCAAAUGUUAAUCAUUUUCAUAGUUGAGGGUUGCAGACAUUAUAUGAUUUGGGGAAAUCUGUACAAAAAUAAUGGCCUGUGAGACUUUACUCUACAAUUUGUAGAGAAUUUAAAAAAAGUAGCUUGAAACCUUUUAAAUGUGAUUCCAAAUGAAUACAAUGAAAUGUAAUAUACAGUUGACUUUUUACAUUCCAACUGCAAUAUAUCUGAAGUAAAGUAUUUUAUUACAUUGACUGCCAUUGGGGAGAUGCUGUGACAAUUGUAGAUCUUACUAAUUAUUCCAUGCAAGUAAAGCAGAUGAUAAUUGCAUUGUACAGAAUUUUUAAAUCUUUUUUUAUUGUAGGCACUUAAUGUUUUAGACCCCCUCCCUAAAUUUUUUUUUAAUAUUCUCAGCUCCUGCACCUCACAGUGUUCAGCACAAUAAGUCACGCGAUGAGGAAAAGUGGAAGGAAAUUGAAGCGCUAGAAAAACAUCAUGCAAAAAGACAGUGGACAAAAGGCGUUUCUCCAGAGGGAUACCCCUAUUACUAUAAUCUAUUAACAGGAGGUAUUGCAUGAAAUAAUUUUGCUUUACACAGGUGCACUUGUAACUACUCAAAUGCAAAAUGCGUUUAUAAUAAUUUAAAAUUGCUGUUAAGACCUUGUUUUUCUUGCUAUUUUACAUCUGCACAACUGUUCGUUUGCCCAAAUAUCUUCUUUUGGGGGGGUUCAUCACUGAGGUUUAUUUUUGUGUGUAUGGGGUUUACAGAGGGGGUGUGUUGUUGUUUUUUUUUGUUUGUUUGUUUUUUUUUCAGUAUGAUAUGAUAUUCAGAAAUAUAUGUAUAACAUUCUAUUAAAUAUAUUCCUGCGAUAUAUGUGGGAAAAAUUUCCAUAACUUCCAUUGUUUAGUAACAUCCCCUGGAUGUUGGGCAAAUGUAGCAUCCCCUGGUUACCGGUAAAUAAUUUAUUAUUAUUAUUUUCAGAAUCUCGGUGGGAAGAACCUGAAGGAUUUCAAGAAAAAAGUAAUACUUCCAAAAAUGUAGGUUGGCUGUCUAGAAAUGACUGCAUAAUUGUUAUAUAGCAUUAUAUAUAUGAUUGUCAUAUAACAAACCUAAUUCACAGUUAAAUAUGUCCCUACAUUUCCUUUCUUAAAAACUGAGUAUAGAGAAUUAUGCUGAUUGCUGAAAAGCUAAUUUCACAUUGUCUGAAACUAGAGCACAUUACUAGUAAUCCAACCCUUUCCACAUCAUUGCUAUUCUAUUGACCAAAUGUGUAAAGUAAUGUAAGCUCUGACAUGCUUGCAAAUGAUGCCAUUACAAAUGGUGUGAAGGCAGUUCACUCCAAAACCCUGUGAUCAUGUGCUCUAGAAUUUCAUUUAUACAAUUUAUACAGUGUGACCGUAUCAUUUUGAGGAAAAUAUUAUUUAAAAAAAUAAGACUAGUUCAGCAUUUUUGAAUUUACAGAAAAGUAGAGCAUGUAAUUCCCUCUACUGAUUAGGAUUUCCUGUCUCUAUGGUGUUUUACCCAUGAGAGUUCUACUUUAAUUAUUUUGUGCUGCUCUGUGUUUCUUGGUUUACAGUAUGACCACAGCUUUUUUUUUUUUUAAGACCACAACCAGUACUACUUGGGUAGAAGGAGUCUCUGAAGAAGGUUACACAUAUUACUAUAACACUGAAACAGGAGGUAAAAUGCUUUUUUUAAUUUUGUACUUCCUACAACUUUGUUGGUCUAUAUUUUUCUUUCUGAACCAUUAGUAAAGAUGUUUUAUUUUACUGAUCAGAAUCCAGAUGGGAAAAGCCAGAAGAAAUGCACCCUGUGGUACCAAGCAAAGAUACUGCAGAAGAAGGUGAAGCCACCAAAGAGGACACAGAAGCAGAAGUGGUGGAAACUGAUUCUACUCCAGAAACCCCAGCAGAAGAUGCACCUAAUACACAAAAACCUAAAAUAAAUUUUAGGGUGAGAGAUGUCCUUCUAAUAACAUAUGAAGGCAAACUGUUUUAAGUUGUAUAACACAAGGGAAAAGUUUUUAAAAACCUUUUAAUGAAAUUUUUUUUUUUUUUUUGGCUGUGGGUUCUGCGGAUUUUCUUUUACAAUGGUAGAUCUAUAUACAUAGGCGUGCGCACGGGGUGUGCCGGGUGUGCCUGGGCACACCCUAAUCCCCGUGGCACGCCUAUGGUUUGAGUCCUGCAGGAACAGCGUUCCUGCAGGCACUCAGUGCCCCCUGUUUCACCUCUUGCCCCUGUCAUGGGGAGGGCAAGAGGUGAUGGAUUUCCCCCCCACUCAGCGCGCGGCGAGGGAGCUCUCUGCUGUCUGCUCUCUGCUCCCUCUCGCCGCGCGCUGAUGCCGGGAGCCGGAAUAUGACGUCAUAUUCCGGCUCCCAGCUCCAGCAAACAGCCCGCUCAGCUGGAGAAAGGCGCCCGCCCCACUGGACCCCAGGGAAAAGUCCACCAGCACUCCAGGUAGGAGGCUGGGUGGACAUUGUUUUUUAAAAUUAAAAUAUAAUAAUUUGUGUGUGUGUGAGUAUGUGUGUGUGUGUGUGAGUAUGUGUGUGUCUGUGAGUAUGUGUGUGUGUCAGUGUGUGUGUGUGUCUAUAAGUAUGUGUGUGUGUCUGUGAGUAUGUGUGUGUGUGUGUGUCUGUGAGUGUGUGUGUCAGUGAGUGUGUGUGUCUGUGAGUGUGUGUGUGUGUGUGUGUGUGAGUGUGUGUCUGUGAGUAUGUAUGUGUGUGUGUCAGUGUGUCUGUGAGUGUAUGUGUGUGUCUGUGAGUAUGUAUGUGUGUGUGUGUCUGUCAGUGUGUGUGUGUGUACGUAUAUAUAUAUAUAUAUAUAUAUAUACACACACACACACACACACGCAGAGCCGGCGCUAUCUGAGUGCCGGCUCUGCUCUAAGCCUUCAUGGGCCGGCGGGGAGACCAAAGAUCUACCUCACCGGCCCACAGCAGCAUGGAGGGAGGCAGUAGAGGACCCAGGCAGCUCUAGACAGAAGCUCUGCCAGGUUCCUCUCGCGAUAUCUGAGCGUUGCUGCGGCAACGCUCAGAUCUCGCGAGAGUUAACUCUAGCCCCGCAGGCUAGAGUUCACUCUCCACUAGACCACCAGGGAUGGCACAUGGCAGCAAGGAUUUACUAAUCUGCCAAAUACCUCCAAACAUACAGCACACACACAUACAGCACCUACACACAUACAGCUCACACACACACAGUACACUAACCGCACCCUCACAAACACACACAGCACCUUUUAAAAAAAACACAACACCCUCACACACAGCACACUAACAGCACCCUCACAAACAGCACCCUCACAGGACAAACAUACACACACAAACACCCUCACACACAAACAGCACAGUCACAAACACGCACCCUCACACACACAUCACACUAACAGCACACAGCACACUAACAGCACACACAGCAGUGUGUGUGUGUGUGUAUAUAUAUAUAUAUAUAUAUAUAUAUAUAUAUAUAUAUAUAUAUAUAUAUAUAUAUAUAGAUAGAUAGAUAUAUACACACACACGCGUGUGGCGUGUGUUUGUGCUUUAGGGUGCACACCCUAAUGCAAUAGGCUGCGCACGCCUAUGUCUAUAUAGUGUGCUUGCAAUCUGGAAAAUGGUCCAUUUAUUUGCAUGAAUGUAAAAUCACGAUUAUUCCUAGUGUUUGUUUAAAUUCAUAUUAAAGUGGUGGGUUUUAGUGCAUAGAUGCUGCCUUACAGAAAUAACCGUGUUUACAUUUGCCUGAGAACCCACCUAGUGGCUGACAGAUCAAUUCUUCAUAAAAUAGAUAAUCCAUAAUGCAUAAGAUUCAGAGUGUAAUUCACUACUAUUGCUAAAUAGGUAUUCAAUUAUUUUCAGGUUUUUGUUUUCUAAUAUAGUCCCUUAGAAAUGUUUGCAGUUUCUGAUAUUUAAAUAAAAAUAGUGAACAUACAAUAAAUGUUUCAUUCAGACAACCUUUUACCAUAGCCUUCAUGAUUUUUUUUAUUUAUUUUUUUUUUUUUGUUGUUGUUUAUUCUAGAGCAAAAAGGAAACGGAAUCAGACAUUGUUGGAGAAUCAGAAUCAGGGCUUGAACAAAAAGAAUCAGAAUCUGGGCUUGAACAAAAAGAAUCAAAAUCUGAACCAGAAGAAUCUGAUUCAGGAUCUGAAAAAAACCUUUCAGAAGCAGAAUCUGACCAUAAAGCUGUUGUUGAUGAAGCUGUAGAAGAGAAACAACCCACCGCAAAAAGGCCAAAGCAAAGUAAACCAAAUCCUUAUGGGGUUUGGGAAGAAGUAAAAGAUGAAGAAGAUCCCUAGUAAGUAAUAAUGAAUAUGUGGACCAAUGCAUUACAUGCUUCCAAUUUUCAAAUAUUAUGUGUUUGGAAGAAGCAAAGAUAAAGCAAGUUUAUUCACUAAACAUCAUUUUUUUUUUAAUUUUUUUUUUUUUUUUUUUACUACAUUUGAUUGAAUUUAAAAAAAAUUAUAAUAAUAAAGGUAAUGAAGACAAUCAUGAGGCAAAACAGCCUCAAACAUGUAUAAAUGUAGAUAACUUUGCAAAAUACAAUUGUAAUCUAACAUGAACUGGACAAACCAGUAGAAAUCCAAAAGAGCAAGUUUCAUGGUGGUUCACUUCUUGUAUGACGUUAUAUAUUGCUUUAAAUUGCAAUCGAUAAAAGGUUGAAGACCCUGAUACAAUGGGGUACCUUCUAUUUAUUCCUAAGAAUGGGUGGGGGGAUAAAAAAAACAAAAACAAAACUAUGCUUGGAUUUUAUUUGUGCUAAGCUGUUUUUCCACUUUGCUUCAAUGCAAAUAAUAAUAGUGUGGAUUUAUAACUUGUCGAUUUACCAUUGUAUUUUGUUAAAUUAUAAUCUACAUUUAUACAUUUCCAUGAAGUUGAUAUAGUCCCUUUAAUAAAGUCCAUACAAUCAAGUUGCCAAUUAACACUUUUAUGAUUCCUAUGUCUGUCAUUAUAUAUUCUUAUGUACUUAUAGGAGAUAGGUACAUAUAAUGUAUUGUUUUGGACAAUGUAGAUGUGUUUUUAAUUUGAUGCUUUUUGUCUAUGUAGUGAGAGCGUGGAUUUAGAGCUUCCAAGUGUGGAGUACGACCUUCCUCCUGUCUCUUUACCUGAUAUCCCGCACGAACCAAAUGUGAAGUUUAAGGAAAAAACUAUCACCUCCCUCGGAGACACAGUAGAAGGGACUUCUGUUUUCAAGAAAAGGAAGCUUGAGAAUGGCAAGUCCAGAAGUAUACGCCAGAGAGUAAAUGAUCAGUAAAGGACUUGGACUGUUUAUGGCCAUUCCAUCAAAUUAUUUUUAAACCUUAUCUCUGACAAGGUGUGGUUUUUUUGUUUUUUUUUGUUUUUUUUUGUGUGUGUGUUUUCUUUUGGGGGGAGGUGGAGGGGGUAUUUGCCACCCUCCAUAUGCAUUUUAUGUAAGUCUAUGCGUUAUUCUAUUGCAUAAUCAAGUUUGUGUUCGUUUUUUUUUUUGUUUUUUUUUUGAGCGAUAUUAAUUUAUCUUGGAACGCCGUAACCCUGCAUCUCUUUUAAAGCUCUUUAAAAAAAAAAAAAGGUACAUUUUGUGUUUUGUUUUUUUUGGGGGGGGUUUAACCUUUCUGAAAAAUGGUGAAAAUGUUCUCUUCUAACCACUUUUGGCUUUCAAAUUCUUGCCUAAAUAAAUUUCUUAUUU